UCUAUGCCGGUAUGUUGAAACUCAUAUAAAACUCUUCUCCCUAAUAUACAGUUCUAGUUGGUGGAAAACGUUAAUCGGAAACAAGUUCAGUAACUGAAACGGAACUUUAUGUUAGGACAUUUUAAAAUACAUAAUAAUAUAGUUAGAGAAAAGAGUAGAAAUUCGUGUCGCAACAACUGGAAUUGAUAUGGGUUGCAAUGCUGCAAAAAACUUUCCUGUUGAACCACUCAAUGGUCAUGCCGAUGUAUCCAAUGGCAAUGCAGUUAGAAUUAUAUCACCCUCAGAACCUUCGGCGGAGAUGCCUCCUUUGGUAGCGGAUGAUCUUCAAGAAGAAGUAUUAGACGUGAGCGUCAAUAAUAUACAGAAAGCACCACAAGGUGUGUCAUUUGAGAUUGCUUUCGAAGAAAAUCAAGAAGAAAGUAUAGUUAAGAAGCACCCACCGAAGAGAAUUUUAGAACGGUUAGAAGAACCUCCAACUAGUCCCAUCACCUUGAACAAAUUACAAGUUAAACUAGAUGAAGCUGAAAUCAGGAGACAACAGAUACUCGCUGCCCGAAUUUCAUCAGCAAAAAAUAGAGCCGAAAUGAGGACACAAUCCAACGUCACCGACAAUGCGGACGAGGAUGAAAAUAUAGAUUUUCUCAAAAUUCCCCAAGAAGAUUUCAUUCCACCGGUAAACUCUCAAAGUGUGUCCAAAAAUUGAUGAAAGUGGUUUUCAAGCAGGGUGUUUUUGAUUUGUAGUGUUGAAGAAUAUUAAAGG